AGCACGAUGAUCCAGCAACCAGACUCACAUCCCUCAACAUCGGCGGGCAAGCCGAGAUCGGAAAUCUACAAUCUUAUCCCUCCCAAGGCGCCCCCGAAUCUAACGAACCCGAACCUAUAUGCCGGUCGCUCGACGAAACCCAUUCCGUUGGAAUUGUCUUUGCCUCUUCGGUGGCAAAGAGGAGCCCAGUUCUUAGCAGUCUCACUAUCAAUCACCUGCGGCGUCUGGGGCGUACUUUUUGCUGAUUUUGGAAACGGCGAUCGGGAGAUCGUAUUCUCGCCAAUCCGCCGAUGGUUCGCUCCUUACAAAUCUCUCAUCUUCAGCGCCGAUCAAGGAUCGACUGACGUCCAACCGGACAAUGUCCUUCCGAAAGUCGAAUCAAAGUAGACCGUCCUCAUCUUCGCCUUCACCUGGGUGAUUCUAUAUGAAUGAUCCGCCCAGGGUAGAGAUGGUUGGCAUUACAUUUCAAUUCAGCUGGUUGGACACGGCUGACCGAGAGAGAGAUCAAGCUAUCACGAUUGCGGAGAUCGCGAUACGACCUAGUGAAGAAGAAUAUCAAGAAGAAGAAAUAACUUGUAUUUUGAUAGGAUGCAGCCAUUUAUACCCAUGUAGAUCAAAACAAAAGUCCUAAAGUAUAAGGCAGCUUAACGCAACCUCCACUACACAUGGGUUCACUAGGAUUUUGAAAUGACUGAAUUCAAAAAAGAAAAUAUCGUAGAAUGAACUUACCUUUAUUGGCCGAUGGUAUGCAGGCCACUAUUCGUUCAGUACCAAUCCUUCUGGGAAAGCAACAACUCUACU